AUGCCGCCCUCAAGACGCAUCGGUAUCCUGGCGCAGUCCUGGUACAGAUGGAAGGCUCUCCGUCUGCCCUGGCGGCGGAAGUUCCUCGUCGGCUUUGACCUCAACGGCUUCACAUACUGGGAGUUCCGCCUCGCCGGCGUCGACAAGGCGACCCGCUGGCGCCGCAUCGUCAAGUACCCGCGCUCGACACACCUCUCGGACGUGCACAUUUCGCCGCAGUGGCACCAGUGGCUACGCUACACGCGCGACGACCCGCCCACCGUGGGCGAGCAAAAGGACGACGUCGCGCGCCAGGCGAGGAUGCGCGUGCUCGCGGCCGAGGCGGACGCCCGGUGGGCGGCCAAGCCGCGGGUGAUGGAUGCGCCCGGCCAGCAGACGGGUCAGCCGUCGCCGGCGCUGCAGAGUCCUGGGUCCAAGGGUCCCUUGAAGCAGGACGAGCGGCAGGAGGAGAAGACGACACAGCAACAGCAGCAGCAGCAGAACACAAAGGCGAAAGAGAAGGAUGAUCCGUGGGCAGCGCACAGGUCUAGUGGACCGAGCGAGAAUUGGCAGCCAGAGGCCUGGACGCCCGGGAGCGGCAAGCAACGAUGA